GUCAUUAACCAAAACUCUAAUUAAAUCCAGCACACCUUUACAUUUUUCUACAAUAUUUUUCUAAAGCCCCCAAAACAAUGGCAGAUCAAGAGAGCCAAAUCUGGCCAUUAGCACCAUCCAGAUUACACCGCAGAAGCGAUGAAGAAAACCCCACUUUCAAAGCCAUACGAAGAGAAAGAAGCAACAAAUGUUUCGUCUACGUCUUCGCAGGCAUCGUCCUUCAAAGCAUAGUCAUCCUUGUCUUUGCUUUGGUUGUUCUUCGUGUCAAACCCCCCGGUUUCAAUCUCAGCUCUGUCCAGAUCAAAACUCUGAAGUCCACAUCUUCUCCAGCAGCUUCGUUCAACGCAACGUUAUCUACUGAGAUGGCGAUAAAGAACAAAAACUUUGGGCAGUACAAGUUUGAGGGGAGUAGCGCGAGCUUGUGGUACGGAGAGUUCAAAGUCGGCGAAGCUAAAUUUGCAAAUGGAAGCGUGAAAGCGAGAGGGACUCGGAAGGUGAACGUGAGUAUUGAAGUGAGGUCUAAUAGGCUGCCUAAGGAUGUUCAAAAUGGUGGUUUAGGGAGUGAGAUUAAUUCUGGAUAUUUGAACAUUAGCAGCUAUGCAAAGAUUAGUGGGAGAGUGCAUCUGAUGAAUAUCAUGAAGAAGAGGAAGACUAUUGAUAUGAAUUGCACCAUGGUUCUUGUUUUGAAGAAUAAGACAGUUAAGGAUUUAGUAUGCAAAUAAUGAUUAUUUUAGGUAGUAUUUUUGUUAAUGAUAUUGGUAUAGUUUGUAUUUUGGGAUUUAGUUUACAGAUCUAGUUUCUAGAAAUUCAAUCAUUAAUUUGUUAAUUUGCUUGCUUAAUACUUGAUCCAAAUUUGUAUGUUGUAAUAUAUAUAUAUCUAUAAUACAUUUCAUCUUUCAUAGAAA